AUGUUAGGAUACUGUGGUACUGGAUAUAAUGGUAUGCAAGUACAAAAUGAUCCAAAUGUUAAAACUAUUGAAAAAGAUGUUUAUGAAGCAAUGGUUAAAGCAGGAGCUAUAUCAAAAGAAAAUUCAACUGAUUUGAAAAAAUCACAAUUUCAAAGAGCUGCAAGAACUGAUAAAGGUGUUCAUGCUGCUGGUAAUGUUAUUUCAUUAAAAAUGAUUAUUGAAGAUCCUGAAAUUUUAAAUAAAAUUAAUGAUAAUUUACCUGAACAAAUUAGACUUUGGGGUAUUCAAAGAACAACUAAAGGAUUUGAUUGUAGAAAAUGUUGUUCUUCAAGAAUUUAUGAAUAUUUAUUACCAACUUAUUCUUUAUUACCUCCAAAACCAAAAACUGUUUUAAGUGAAUUAGUCAAGACUAAAAAACAAGAAAAACCAGAAUUAUUUGAAGAAGAUGAAGAAGGUACUAAAUGGUGGGAAGAUACUAAAUUGAAAAUUUUACAAUCUGGUAUUACUCAAGAACAAUUAGAUUCAAUAACUAUUAAUCAACAACAACAAGAAGAAGAAGCAGCAGAAUCUGAUGAAACAAAAGAAUCUGAUUUAUCUUAUACACAAUUAAUCAAGAGUAUUAAAUCUGUUGAAAAUUCAUCUAGAAGAGAAUAUAGAGUUCUGAAACACAAAUUAGACCAUUUCCGUGAUGUUAUGAAACAAUAUGAAGGUACCCAUAAUUUUCAUAAUUUCACCAUUGGUAAACCAUUUAAAGAUACUAGUGCAAGUAGAUAUAUGAUUAGUACUAAAAUGUCUGAUCCUUUUGUUAUUGAAGGUACUGAAUGGGUAAGUAUUAAAAUUCAUGGUCAAUCUUUCAUGUUGCAUCAAAUUAGAAAAAUGAUUGCAAUGGCAACUAUGGUGGUUAGAUUAUCAUUACCAAGUAAAAUUAUUAAUAAUUUUUUCAAAGAAGAUAAAAUUAAUAUUCCAAAAGCUCCUGCUUUAGGUUUAUUAUUGGAAAAUCCAGUUUAUGAUGGUUAUAAUACUAAAUUGAAAAAAACCGAUUAUGAUGAAAUUGAUUUUAUUAAAUUUGAUAAAGAAAUGGAAGAUUUUAAAAUGAAAUAUAUUUAUGAUAAAAUUUAUGCUGAAGAAAGUAAAGAAAACACUUUCUAUGCUUUCUUUGGAUUCAUUGAUUCUUUUAAAAGUAAUAGAGAUGAAGAUGGUGAAGUUACUAAAGGUGGGGCCAGUAUCUUUGAUUUCUUAUUCAAUUACACUGAGGAAAUCACCGAUGACCAAUCAAAGAAAUGA